GGGAAACUUUACUGUUCGAUCAACGUUCACAUUUAGCAAAACGUAGUAGGUCGUUGUUGUGGAAAGUCAGAACCUCGGUUAUUUAUAUUUUGUGUUCGAGUUUGACUUUUCGCGCCAUUCUACAGAUAGUGUUUACUUUCUCACAGAGCCUUUGCGGAUACUAGCGAGGAAAUGCCUACUUUUAAUAUGUUUACAUCGCCUUCUAAUACUACCUCAGUACGAGAGAAAGACUCCUUUGAGAAAAAUUACAUUGUUGGUCCAAUCCUUGGAAAAGGAGGAUUCGGAACUGUUUAUGCUGGAACCAGAGUUAGAGAUAAUAUUCCAGUUGCCAUCAAACACGUUGCAAAGACCAAAGUCACAGAUUGGGGUCAAUUAAAUGGUCAUAGGAUUCCAUUAGAAAUUUGCCUUUUACGUAAAGUGAAUCACGUCAAGGGAGUUGUUAAAUUAUUGGAUUACUUCGAACGCCCUGAUUCAUUUAUCAUUGUAAUGGAAAGACCAGAUGCCGUGAAAGAUCUUUUUGAUUACAUCACAGAGAAAGGAUUUCUUGAAGAAAAAUUAUCUCGUGUGUUUUUCCAUCAAGUUGUUGAAUCAAUUAUUGACUGUCAUAAAGCUGGUGUGAUUCAUCGUGAUAUUAAGGAUGAAAAUAUCCUUGUGGAUUUAAAGAACUUGAACUUGAGAUUAAUAGACUUUGGGUCUGGUGCAUAUCUUCAGGAUACCAUGUACUCCGAUUUUGAUGGUACACGAGUAUACAGUCCGCCUGAGUGGAUAAGAAACAGUUGUUACAAUGGUUAUGCCUUAACUGUAUGGUCCUUGGGUAUUCUCCUGUAUGAUAUGGUGUGUGGUGACAUUCCUUUUGAAAAAGAUGAACAAAUCUUGAAAGCAGACAUCAGGUUCAAGAAAUUCCUUUCAAUGGAAUGCAGAGACCUUAUCAAAAAAUGUCUAUCAGUCAAAGCUUCAGACAGACCCACCUUAGAGGAAAUCCUAGAACAUCCGUGGAUGACCAUGCCUCUCGAAAACCUCCCAUCUCCCAGCAUUCCUGUCCGACACAGUACUCGUAUCGAGGACUAUCUCGAAUUGAACUCUUCCUCAACGAGUAGUGACGGAAGUCUUUGACUCGAAUAUCUGUCUUAAUUUAUUUGUUGUAACAUAGGCAUAAUUCAUUGGUUCCUAACUGGCUUCAGGCCCGGUGCACUUACAGGCCGCUGAGAAAGAUAGCGAAAGAAUAGUUUGGAAUGAAAGAAUUUAACGAGGCAAUAUUUCUCCUUGGGUCCCACUCACUCAUCUAUUUAUUGUUAUUUAUUUAUUUAUUAUCAUUGUUUAAAUGAUAAAGCUAGGUACUGUUAUUUUCAACCAAAUGCAUCGUGAGCUUUCACCUCUAUGUAUUCGUAGCUAUAUUUAGAUAGGCUCUUCUCGUAAGAUGUAGAAUUAGUGGAAGGGCUUGAAAGUGCCUUUAUGAUUGUUGUCAUUUUUCAAAAUUCUAAAAUGAUCUUAUUUAAAUUAUUUGGUAGUCUAUUUCUGACAUUAAUUAUUGACCAGUGCCUAUCUCAGUUUAGUAGUACCGUCUUAGAGAUAAUGCCUUCAAAGAGUUUUGAACAUUGCAUUUGGUUAGAGAUAAUGCCUUCGAAGAAAUUUUGAAUUAAUGUGCAUUUGGUUGAAAUGACCAUUUUGAGUACCUAUUAAUUUAUUUGCAAGAGAGAAUAUUUGUAGGGCCUAUUCCCUAGUGUAUUUUAUACAUGCUCAAUUGCUUGAUUUGUCGAUAUUUAUCGAAAGUUCCUCGAAGGCCAUGACGCCUCUUGGAGCUGAUAUUUGUAGAAGUUCCUUUUAAUAUGUCUGUCAAUUAUUUAUUGUAAAAACAGCCUUUCAUUGUAAAUAAUUGGAAGUAGAAAAAUACAUUCCAGCAUCUUGUGUUCAUAUCAAUCUUCCAAUUGUUUCAAUGUUAUUUAAAAUUAAUACAAUGCUCUCUUCUUCAAUAUUUGUUGAAUAAUAUCUUCAAUUUUUUUUUAUCGAAUAACUCUUCAGUUUAUUAAUUAACUUGUAAUUAAAAUAUUCUAUUAGAUUUUUAUUUUAUUAAAACUUAAAAAUAAAGAUCUUUUAUAGUUUAAUAGCCAUAAUUUACUUGAGUUCUAAAAGUCUAUAUAAUUUCUGUCUAUAUAAUUUUAAUUUUUUAGUCAUAUUUGACACAUUUAAACAAUUGGAAGAUUAAAACAUAUCAUCUUCCAAUUGUUUCAGUGUCAUUUAAAAUUAUUACAAUGCUCUUUUUAUUUUAUUAAAACUUGACAAAAAAAAUUUGGUCUAUUAGAAUUAAAUAGACAAAGUUCGAAAUUUUCUUGACUUCUAAGAGUUGUUAACUUAUAUUUAUUUAAAUAAUUUUACCACUUUAAUUUUUGAGUCAUAUUUGACACUUAUUAUAUAGAGCAUUGUAACAUUGUAAAAUUAUCUAAAUUUUUAAAUCAAGUUUGGCAGUCCUUUUCAAAGCAUUGUAAAAAAAAUUUAAAAUCUCACUUGAAUUCUAACUUCUCUAAAUUUAACAUAGAGAUUCAUAAGGAGUUCUUAAUUUUAAUAGUUAAGUCAGCUACUAGUUUGAGUUUAAGAGAUAUUUAAUUUAUCAAGACUAGCUUUUAUAUGAGCCAAAUGUAUAUAGGAUAUCAUGAAAAAGAAAUUUUCAAUCAUCAACUUGUCCAAAUCUCAUAAUUUAUUGAAUGACUAAGCCCGGUGCUUAAAGUAUGUAGCAUAGUGGGUACCCUGGAGAUUUAAUGAUUUGCCUGUCUACCAUCACUGCCCUUCGUAAAGUCCUAAUUUUAGUGGACUUUUUUAUAGAACUUGAGUGUAUAUCUUGUUCACUUAUUUAUUAAUUGUAUAUAUGUAUAUAGGCUGACCGAGCUGCAAAGUUCCUCCAAAAAAUCUGUAUAUCUGCAAAUUUUAAUUUAUUUCGCUGCGAAGAUCCAACUUGGCUACCCAAUACAUUGUAAGCAGCUCGCAGGCCAAUGAAGCAUUUAUGGCUUUCUGGAUGAAAGGCAUCAGUGCUUCACGUAUUUAUGUGCCUUUUUUUUGACAUGUGUUGCUGUGUAGCACUAACUUGUACAUAUGUAAAUAUUAUAAAUAUAUAUAUAUAUCUAUUAUUAUUGAUAAACAGAGGUAUUUUUCUAUACAGGGAAAUUCCAAAAUAAACUAGAUGUCAACAUA